UCUAACCUGCAGGAACACUUUUUUUUGCAGAUCAGUUCAAAAUUUAAUAAAACAAUAUGAUUAUUGUAAUCUCUUCGCGAACAUCUUUAUUCAUUUUAUGUAGUAUAGUCAUAUGCAGUGUUUCUGUCCUCGGCUCGGAGUAUUUUUACCAUACCUGUAACAACAAUGCUAAUUUUACCAGAAACAGCCUUUUUAAGACAAAUCUCGACACCGCUCAAGCCAUCCUCAUGUCGGAUGCAAACACUAGCAACUCCGGUUUUUAUUCUGCCUCGGUGGGCAAUGGCUCGGACAGAGUUAAUGCUCUUGUUUAUUGUAGAGAUGAUGUGAAACCUGAUAUCUGCAGAAGCUGUAUCAAGGACUCGAUAAACAAAUCAAGAGAGGCGUGUCCUUCCACUAAGGAGGCGGAUGUGUGGUACACUGAGUGCGUGCUCAGGUACUCAAAUGCUUCGAUUUCUAACAACUUAGAUACUUUGCCACUUGUUUAUUUACCGAAUCCGGGCAAUGCUAGUGACAUGGAUCAAUUUAAUAAGGUUCUUAGAGACUUGUUGGACGAGUUGAAGGGACAAGCUUCACAAGAAACGUUUGCUUCAGGGAAUGAAAGUGGUCCGGGCUUCUCGACUAUCUACGGGCUGAUGCAGUGCAGCCCUGAUUUAUCUUCAGUACCGUGCAGUAAUUGUCUGGAUGGGCUUAUGACAAGUAUAUAUUCAUGUUGCGGUGGAAAAGUAGGAGCACGUAUAUAUAACCCAAGCUGUCAGCUUAGAUAUGAAACUUAUCUUUUUUAUAACGAAACAAUUGUUGAAGCACCACCUCCUCAGCUGCCUCCAACACCAUUGCCAGUGCCUCCAUCUGCUGCGGGUAAAGAUGAUAAUAGAACACGGACAAUAAUUAUUGUUAUUGUUGUUGUAAUUGUUAGUUUAGUUACAUUGCUGCUCAUUCUUAUGUGCAUAUUCAAGAGAAAGCAAAAGAAGAGGACUGCAACCGCGAGAUUGCUCAACGACGAUGUGGAAGAUAUAAGUAGUUCUGAAUCGUUGCAAUAUGAAUUUGUUACAAUUGAAGUUGCCACAAGUUACUUCUCAGAUAGCAAUAAACUAGGACAAGGUGGUUUUGGAGCUGUCUACAAGGGCACACUUCAAAAUGGUCAAGAAAUAGCUGUGAAAAGGCUUUCCAGAGGUUCAAAUCAAGGUCAACAAGAAUUUGUUAACGAGGUCAUAUUAGUGGCAAAAUUGCAGCACAGAAAUUUGGUUAGACUCCUUGGUUUCUGCUUUGAAGGAACUGAAAAGCUUCUCAUCUACGAGUUUGUGCCAAAUGCAAGUCUUGACCACUUCAUAUUCGAUUCAGUGAAGCGUUCAUAUUUGGACUGGGAAAGACGCUACAAGAUCAUAGGUGGCACUGCAAGGGGAAUUCUUUACCUUCAUGAAGAUUCUAGACUACGGAUCAUUCAUCGUGACUUGAAAGCUAGCAAUGUUUUGCUAGAUGCAGAGAUGAAUCCUAAAAUUGCAGACUUUGGAAUGGCUAGGCUAUUCAAUUUGGAUGAAACUCAAGGAGUUACUAGUAGAAUUGUGGGAACCUAUGGCUAUAUGGCGCCUGAAUAUGCAAUGUACGGCCAAUUCUCAGUUAAGUCUGAUGUGUUCAGCUUCGGUGUAUUGGUUCUGGAAAUACUAAGUGGUCAGAAGAACCAUAGUUUCCGAAAUGGGGAGAAUGUGGAGGACCUAGCAAGCUUUGCUUGGAAGAAUUGGCGAGAAGGGACUCCAUCCAAUGUCAUAGAUCCAAUAUUGAGAAACAGUUCAGGAUCAAUACACGAAAUGAUAAGGUGUAUUCACAUUGCACUGCUAUGCGUACAAGAAAAUGUAGCGAACAGACCUACCAUGGCAUCGGUGGUGCUUAUGCUGAAUAGCUUCUCUCACACUCUUGCUGUACCUUCAGAGCCUGCUUUCUUUAUGCGGAGUGGAAUUGGUGAAGAAGUGUGGUCGGGUACUGAUAAUACAAAUUCCAGGGUGAGCGACAAAUCCGUCAACAGAGUAAAUUCUGUUAAGUACUCUAUCAAUGAGGCUUCAUUAACUGAUCCAUAUCCUAGAUAAUGAGAUCAUUUUAGCAGUUAUUGACUCAUAAAUUAUACUCUCUGUUUCGGCACCUGCAAAAUUCUAUGGUAUAUGUUGUUUGCUGAUUUCGGCUUUACCUUUUCUUGUUGUAAUAUUCAAAACAACUAAUUUUUUCUUGUUCAU